AAAAUUUUCCCUCUCGAUGUUCCCUCUGAAUCAAAACCCUAAAAUCAUCGUAGUACCAGCAAAAUUUUCUCAGUCUGAAUCUUUUGAGCCAGUGCUUUCAGAUCUAACACCAUGAAUUGGAUGGAACCCUAGACCCAAGCCCUCUCCUCGCCCAUCCCUGAUAUCACCCCAUCAACGCCUUCAACCACGUAUUGGGUUAUAGGUAAAUGGAAAGCAGCAGAUCAAUAUAUUGUUACCUUUACUUUGGAGGGGAGAUUGAAAAUGGCUUUAAUGGUUCCAUUGAUUACAAGGGUGGAUGUACUAGUGGCAUAAUUGUCAAUCAAGGAACAUCACAUGCUGAAUUUGUCUUGAAGGCAUGUACGAAACUUCAAAUUGACCCAUCCGGUUUAUCAUUUAAGUAUACCCUAAAAUUUGACCCAUCUGUACUCCUACCGUUGGACGAUGAUGAUGCUGUAAAUAGCAUGGUCCUCUUUAGUGAUGGUUUCUCGCGUGUCUAUAUAGUUCGAGCUUGUACAGAAGUAGAGCAAGGAGUUGCAGAUGGACAAGGCACUCCUGCAAAUGUGGAAAGUCAUCCUGUCCUUAGAGCUUGUAGAGAGGAAACAGAGCUAGGAGUUGUGGAUGGACAAAGCACUCUUGUUAAUGUGGAAAAUCAUUCUGCAUCAACACCAUCAUCAUCUCAAGGCAUGAAUGAUGAUUAUACAAUUCAGAAACAUGGGUUGGCAUCAAGAUGUACAAAGUUUGAAGCAGAUCCACCAGCUUCAAGUACCUCUGAGAAUGCCAUAUUGGGUAGUGGGCAGAGCUUUGCAAAUGCUGAUGAAUUCCGGAAUGCAUUAUAUCUUAUGUCCUUAGCUGGACGAUUCAGGUACAAAUUUAAAAGGAAUUGUCCCCGUUAUGUCAGUGUGUGUUGUGCAGUUGAUGGAUGCACUUGGAAAAUAGCUGCUUGUGGUGUCAAGGGUACCAAAAUGAUGAGAGUGUACACAUUUCAAAAUAAUCAUAACCACUCUAUACACGAGGACUCUUCACCACUUCCUACAGUACGAUUAUGCAAGCUGGCGGUUCUAACUAAUGACGUGAUAAAGGCUACUCCUGAUUGUAUGCCCCGUCAAAUCUGUAAGGACUUUGAAAGACAACAUGGAAUAAGAAUGACCUAUGGUCAAGCUUGGCAGUAUAGAGAGAAGGUGAAAGAGAGAAUCUUUGGUCUUUCAGACAACUCAUAUAAGCUGUUGCCAUGGUUGUGCGCACAGUUAACAAAAUCUAAUCCUGGGACAAUUGCAGAAUGGACUUCUUCGGAUGAGGGCAAUUUUAUGCAAUUGUUCGUUGCAUAUGGAGCUUGCGUGCAUGGGUUUUUGACAGGGUGUCGACCAAUUAUAUCUAUUGAUUCAUCAGAAUUGGGUGGCCUACACAAGGGAACUUUGCUUUCAGCCUCAGCAUAUGAUGGUGAUGACAAUAUGUUUCUAAUUGCAUAUGCCAUUGUAAGCUCAAAAACUUAUGAUGACUGGUUAUGGUUCUUUCAAAAGUUAAAGCAAUUAGUUGGUAAAAUGGAGGUGGUCAUUAUUUCUGAUAUGCACCUUGACAUUGUUAGGAGUGUUGCAGAGGUGUUUGGAGUUGAAAAUCAUAUAUAUUGCUAUCAGCAUCUAAAGGAGAGCUUCAGCUGCCAGUUAACAAAGAAGAACACUAAAGGAAGGAAAGGCAAAGAAGAUGCACUGAUGUUCCUUGAUGCCAUUGCCUAUACAAGGUUACAAAUUGAUUACAUUCGUGCCAUGGAGAACUUGAGGAGAUAUAGUGCUAACUUGGCCAAGUGGAUUGAAGAUAGCGGUCCUGAACAUUGGGCAUUGUCUAAAUUCUCUAAAAAGCGUUGGGAUAAAAUGAAUACUAAUCUUGCCGGAUUGUUUGAUGACUUGAUCAAUGAGGAUCAGCAUCACAGCAUAUUUAACUUUGUUGUCAAACACAUGGAGAAGCUAGCCUCUUUGCUAAUUGAAUGUAAAGCAGCAACACAGAGUUGGAAGAGAUUCAUUAGCCCAAAAAUUGAGGAUAAAGUCUUGCUAAACAUUGCCAAAGCUGAAGCAUUUACAGUUAUUCCCUACACAGAUACAUUUAAGGUCAAAACUAGAGAUAGAAGUCAUUGUGUUGACUUGAAGCAACAUACCUGUACUUGCUCAGCUUGGCAGAUGUUAGGAAUCCCAUGCGAACAUGCAUGUGCAGUCAUACAGAUGAUGAACCAAGACGUUUAUGGAUUUGUUGAAGAGUGGUUCCACUUGCCAAAGCAAGAAAUGAUUUACUCUGGCAUAUUGCAUCCACUUGAUUUUGACAACAUGCCAACAGUUGAUUCUGAUGGAAAUGUGAAAGACCAAAAUGGUGUCACAUAUGCUUCUCUUGAUCCUCCUACCAUGAAACGCCGUAUUGGGAGACCCCCACACCAGCGAAACAAAUUCCAGUUCAGGGAAAAAGGAACUGUAUUUUGUUCUCACUGCAACGGGGCUGGACACAAUUGUACUACCUGCAAGAAUCCAACUACUUGAUUGGAUUAUUUGUAGGAUUUGAAUUCCAGCUGUUGAGGACACCUGGGUUGAUUAUCUUUUCCAAACUUCCAUUCCAGUCAUUGGUAACUCAUUUUGGUAUGGUCCUUUUGUUUGUUAAGUUGCUUACAACUUUGUGUACUCAAAAGUGAUAUAGAAAUGUACAAAAUUAAUCUGUUUUGGUUAGGUACAAUUUGAAGUUGGUGUA